AUGAGAUGGCUUUGUACAGAUCACAUGAAUGACUUUACUCUUCCAGCUACUCACGAUACAACAGAAAAUGCACAAUCUCUUGCAAUUUAUUAUCUUGCAAGAAACCUAGAGAUUCAGCAUAGAGAAAGAAAAAAUGUCAUAAAUAUUUCCGGAGAAGAUAAGCAAGACAUAAUCCCCUCUGUAGACCAAACAAAGGGAAUAAUUUAUAUUAAGAUGCCUAUUAAGGCGACUCUGGGUAUCAAGGAACCUAUUCUUGCUACUCUAACCCAAAUAUCCCUUGGUGUUACAGUCACUGUAAACCUUGAAAUAGUCCUUAAGAGGAUUUAA